CCACUCUUCUUCCCCAAAAAUAAUAACAUUUUACUUACAACAAACUAUUAUGGCUAUCAAGAAUGUGCUUAUUGUGUUGGCAUUUCUUGGCUUGAUUUCAAAUGCAGUUGCAACACGGGAGCUGUACGUCAAGCCAGAAGACAACCUGGAGGCGAGGCUUGAAGCAAGUGGUGGACUUGUGGAGUGCUGGAAUGCACUGAUGGAGAUGAAGUCAUGUUCAAAUGAGAUUGUGCUCUUCUUCCUUAAUGGGGAGACUGAUAUAGGCCCUGAGUGUUGCCGUGCAAUUGAUAUUGUAACUAAGAAUUGCUGGCCUGCAAUGCUUACUUCACUUGGUUUCACUGCAGAGGAAGGGAACAUAUUGAGGGGUUACUGUGAUGCAUCAUCCUCUGCUCCUGCCUUGGCUCCAACUGCUACCGUGAAGUAUCAGAUAUAAUGGAGUCAAAUUAGAGGAGUUGGGUCACUGUUUUUUGUGUUUAGAAUAAAGGGUUAUGCCAUUUUUAUUCAUGUUUUGCUUCAAUCCUUUUAUUUCUCCACAAGUUGUGCGGUUAUGAUUGUGAAUGGAACA